AUGACUGAUCAAUUUGCCUUUUCAUACCCGUCUCCACUGGAAGGAUACGAAAACCUCGAGCCACUGUCCGACGAGAAAGCCGAAGACGGAAAAUCGCUGAAGAACCCUCAACAUGGCAUUCUGAGUAAAGCCUACGAGGAGUUCCCUGAUCCCCUAUCUAAAGGCCGGGACGGGGGCUUCGACAUCCACAUCUAUCAUUUCCAAAAUAACCCCGACCAAGCCGCAUUUGCCAGAGCACUCUGGGAACGUAUCAGACGAGAAUUCCCCGAACUACGAAUCUACAGCUUCUUCGACCGCCCAAUCGGUCCUCACCCGGUGGCUAUGUUUGAGGUGAACUUGUUUACACCGGCGCAGUUUGGAGCUUUCGUUCCCUGGUUGGUUAUCAAUCGGGGUCCGCUUAGUGUUCUCAUUCACCCCAAUACGGUUGAGACGGAGGAGGAGCGCAAUCAUACUCAACGUGCGACUUGGCUUGGUGAUCGGAUUCCGUUGGAUUUGAGAAUUUUUAAGUUGCUGAAGCAGAAGAGACGGGAAGAAGAGGCUGCAAGGGCGAAGUAG